CAGCAGGUGAGUCGAGGACCCUUGCUACGUUGCCAUGGUGUUCAAGAGUGCAUCUUAUUGGUGACUCAGCGGAUGUUCAAGUAUCCUGCACUUAUUCAGCGCAUUCUGGACAACACAACAGAUGAUGAAGAAGAAGCUUCCUCUGUGGCCCAGGCUCUGCUGAUGAUCAGAGAACUGCUUAGUUCAAUAGACCAACAGAUGGACGAUCUGGAGAAAACACAGCGGCUUCAGGAAAUCCAUGCCAAGCUUGACCCAAGGGCUGAGGCCGUAGUACGGGAUGGAGGGAUAUUUAAAGCUGGAGAGCUACUCCGAAGGAGACUUAUCCGUGAAGGGACCCUUUUCUGGAAAACUCCAGGAUCACGACUCAAAGAUAUACAGGUCUUACUGAUGUCUGACAUCCUGGUGUUUCUGCAGGAGAAGGACCAGAGGUGCAUCUUUCCAUCUAUGAGCUUGUAG